GGGAGCUCUGCCUCCCGGACGGAGCUGCUAUGGGCCUGCUGGGCGUCCUUUUGGCCUUGCAAGUGUUGCAGUUUGCUGGAGCUGUGGAGCUCCCUGCUGGGUCUUGUGCCUUUGAAGACAGCACUUGUGGCUAUGAGUCACUAUACGCGUACUUACCCUGGAUUUUGAAUGAAGAAGGUCAUUACAUUUAUGUGGACACUUCCUUUGCUACUCAAGGAGAGAAAGCAGUUCUGCUGAGCCCUGAACUACAGGCAGAGGAGUGGAGCUGUAUUAGGCUGGUCUAUCAGAUUACCACAUCUUCAGAGACUUCAUCUGGUCCUAGCUGGCUAAAUCUCUAUGUGAGAUUUGAAGGAGAAAACUUUGAUCGUUUAUUGUGGUCAGCCAAAGAACCAUCAGAUAGCUGGCUUAUAGCCAGUCUAGAUUUGAGAAACAGCACAAAGAAAUUCCAGAUUUUAGUAGAAGGUGUACUGGGGCUUGAGACCACAGCUGGAAUUGCAGUCUUUGAAAUUAAGAUGACAACUGGCUACUGCAUUGAGUGUGACUUUGAAGAAAACCAUCUGUGUGGCUUCAUGAACCGCUGGAAUCCAAACGUGAACUGGUUUGUUGGUGGAGGAAAUAUUCGGAAUUUGCAUUCUGUACUUCCUGAAGAUCACACCCUCAAGAGUGAAUUUGGUCACUUCAUGUAUGUAGACUCUGUUUAUGUCAAGCACUUUCAAGAGGUGGCUCAGCUAGUUUCCCCAAGAACAACAGCUCCCAUGUCCGGCUGCCUUUCUUUUUAUUACCAACUACAGCAGGAGAAUGACAACGUUUUCACCCUGUACACCAGAGAUGCGACUGGCCUAUAUGAAGAAAUCUGGAAAACACAGAGUACAGAAAGUACGGACUGGAAUUUAGCAGAGGUCGACUUUAGCGCACCAUACCCAAUGGAGGUUAUAUUUGAAGUUGCUUUCAAUGGUGCCAAAGGUGGGUUUGUAGCCCUUGAUGAUAUCUCGUUUUCUCCAGUUCACUGCCAAAGUCAGACAGGGUUUUUCUUCAAUACAGAAGAAGCAAGCUGCAAUUUUGAGGACGAUCUCUGUAAUUUUUAUCAGGAUAAAGAUGGCCCUGGCUGGAACAGAGUAAAACUGAAGCCUAAUGUGUACAGAGCAGGCGAUCAUACAACAGGAUUAGGUUAUUUCUUGCUGGCCAACACAAAGUUUACAUCACAGCCUGGCUACAUUGGACGACUGUAUGGUCCUUCUCUGCCAGGAAACUUGCAGUAUUGUCUGCGUUUUUACUACGCCUUACAUGGAUUUUUUAAAAUGAGCGACACCUUAGCUGUUUAUAUCUUUGAAGAAAACCAUGUUGUUCAAGAGAAAAUCUGGUCUGUCUUGGAGUCCCCAAGGGGAGUCUGGACUCAAGCUGAGAUCACCUUCAAGAAACCUAUGCCUUGUAAGGUGGUUUUCAUGAGCUGGUGUAAAAGCUUUUGGGACUGUGGCCUUGUGGCCCUGGAUGAUAUUACCAUAAGCCUGGGAAAUUGUCGCUCUACUGACUCAUUGCCACCUCCUCCAGGACAGUGUACUUUCGAACAGGAUGAAUGUUCUUUUACCCAAGAGAGAAGAAAUAGAAGCAGCUGGCAUAGGAAGAGGGGAGAAACUCCCACUUCCUACACAGGCCCAAAAGGAGACCACACUACCGGGGUAGGGUACUACAUGUAUAUCGAGGCAUCCAAUAUGGUAUACGGACAAAAAGCGCGCCUGGCUUCAAAGUCCCUCCGCGGAGUCUCUGGAAAACACUGCUUGACCUUUUUCUAUCACAUGUAUGGAGCUGGGACAGGAUUAUUGAAUGUUUAUUUGAAAAUGGAAGGUUACAGCGGAGAGACCCUCUUAUGGAGAAGGAGAGGAGAGCAGAGUAUUAGCUGGCUAAGAGGAUUCAUAGAAUAUAAUUGUGAGAAGCAACACCAGGUUGUUUUUGAAGCCAUUCGUGGAAUGUCAAUUAGAAGUGAUAUUGCUAUCGAUGACAUUACACUGCUGUCAGGACCCUGUACAGAGUUAGAAGAUGCGGCCCAGCAAUCAUCAGGAUUUUCUGAGGACUUGAAUGAGAUUGAGUACUAAGAAAAGAUUUCUCAAAAUGGAUGGAGGGCCACAUAAAUAAAAUGUAUGAAAUACUGCACAGCCUCAUUCCCUUCGAAAAGAACAGAGGAAUACUGGACUAUAUUAAAUAUUUCACAAAAAGCAUUAGAAAGGAUUUGGAGCACCCUACUUCCUCACUUCUGCAACAUUAUUGACUCAGGGCUUCUUAAACUGUUCUUGUUUAUUUUGUUUUCCCCCUUGUGCCUAUGACAACUGUAACUAGGUGUACAGGCUUUCCAUUUUGCACAGAUCAUCCAUUUUAAUAAUGUUUGAUCUUACAAAUGUGUGCGCUAUUGUAAGUCUUUUGUUAUGUGCACAGAUAAAAAUAACAAAUGGACCCCAAUCAAAAUUCAAUGUUGGGCUUGCUUAAAUCUGCAUUCAGUGAAUGUUUUGUGUUGAACAGAAAGUGGAUCUUGUUGCUGUGGUUUGUUGUGUAGUUGGAUUUUUUUUUUUGGUAGUUUCAAGCAUCACAGAUAUUUUUAAGUAAAUAUUAUUAGGUAUUAGUAAUACCCUGCAGCUGAAUGCAGUUUUUCAUGUUAAUUCCAUUUGGGAUCAUUUUGUCUUUUACUGACUGUACUUUAAAUGUUCCGUAAGAAUGAAAGAUAAGAAGAUUGAGUCAUAGUGUGGCUAAACUAUUGUUAAUACUAUAUUGCCAUACACUGCUAACUGCCUAUUUUUCUUACUUUAAAGAAGUCUUAAAUAAUCACAUGGGUAGAGAUUGCACUUUUUUUCCCCACUACAAGACUGUCAUUCUGUUUAUAUACACAUGUACACAAAUGCUUUUAUGUCUCUUCUAAAAAAUUAAAAUAAUAAUUAUUGUGGUAUUCAUUAAGCACUUAACAUGUGCCAAGCA